AUGCGGGUUGCUAUUGUGUUUGCAUGCCAUAAACGAGGCUAUCAACCUGGUUGCAGGUCAAUCGAUCCUGAUAAGCUAUUUGUUGUUCUUGGUUACCCUCGCAAAUGCGACGCCAGCACAUCUCGAUUAACCACUCUAACCACUCGCGAUGAGCCAUACCGGGAUGUCGGCCGCGACGGUGUCUCCUUCCCAAAACCCAAAGAAGACGCUGAUGCUGUGUGA